AUGCCAGGACGCACGUCCCAACAAGGACGUCGCCCCGAGACACAGGGUGUACCGGCCCGCAUUGUCCGUUGCCGGACCCACGUGACUGUGGGCCCGGCCCCUCACUGUCCGCCCACCCAGCGACCCGCACCACGUACGGUGAUGCCGCCAGGUCACAUUAUACAGGACGGUUUAGUCAAAGGAGUUAUUAACUCACCGACAGCUCAGCGCACUAUCUUUGGAUGGAUCAUUUCUGGUCCGUGUGGCUUUCAGCCAAAUCCUAAUUUGUCGUCAUCUGCUCCAUGUGGCUUACAGCCAACUCCUGUUGUGUCGCAAAGCUAUCACGUUUCCCUUGAUAGGGAAUUAUUUGAGGUCUUAAGUCGUUUUUGGGAACUAGAGGACAUUCCUUGCUCGUCAAGAUCUCUGCUUUCAACCGAACAUCACGCAUGUGAGGAUCAUUUUCAAUCUACUCAUUCUAGAGAUGAGAAUGGUCGCUACAUUGUAAGAUUACCUUUUAAAGAUUCACGAGUACUCUGGUUUGACCAGUCCGAUAAUAUUACCGCUUUUCAAUUGACUACUGUGACCUAUGGUCUAGCAUGUGCACUCUUCCUUGCGCUCCGUACUUUAUUACAACUGGUCAAGGAUCACGGGGACCAGUACCCUUUGGCAGUGCCAAGCCUCACCAAAGGACGAUACGUUGACGACAUAUUUGGAGGAGCUGACUCUAUUCAGCAAGCACAAGAAAUAGUAACGCAAUUAAAUAAUCUCUGCAUGGCAGGCGGUUUCCCUCUGCAAAAAUGGUUCUGCAAUCACCCAGAUAUAUUAGCAUUUAUUCGAAACGACAAGAAGAUCCUUUCUUCAUCAGUUGCCAUCGAAGAUAAUACCAUGGUAAACAUUCUAGGUUUAUUCUGGCAACCGUUAAUGGAUACCUUCCAAUUCCAAUUCAAAAAUAUAUCUACUGGUUCUGUUACCAAACGAUCCAUCUUAUCUACCAUAGCAAAGUGUUUUGAUCCUCUCGGUUUUCUUUCUCCUAUCAGUAUAAAAGCAAAGAUUUUAUUGCAAGAAUUGUGGUCUCUCAAGCUCGAAUGGGAUGAUCCAUUACCACCACCUCUUUCCGCUGAAUGGAUUAAUUUUCUUCAAGAUCUACAGGAGAUUUCAAGCUUGACUUUUCCUAGAUGGUUAGGCUCCACUUCUGACACGAAACUCGAAAUACAUGGGUUUUGUGAUGCAUCUCAGCGAGCUAUGGCAGCAGUCGUAUACUUGCGAGCAACAUCUCCUGAUGGAAAUACAAAGGUCACCCUGGUUUGUGCAAAAACGAAAGUUGCACCUCUGAAACGACUCACAAUUCCGAGGCUUGAAUUAGCAGGAGCAGUUCUUCUAACAAAGCUAACUACUCAAGUUAUACAAGUGCUUGAAUUACAAUCAGCUCCAAUAUAUUUAUGGACUGAUUCCUCCGUUACUUAUACAUGGAUAAGCCAGCAUCCAUCUAAGUGGAAAGAAUUCGUGCAAAACAGAGUAUGCUUCAUACAAGAGACCUUGCCACAUGCAUUAUGGAAGUUUGUUUCUGGAAAGGAAAACCCGGCCGAUCUCGCAACACGAGGAUUAUUAUCUGUCCAACUAAAGGAAAAUCCUGGGGGAGAGGGAAAAGAUGGCGGAGUGAGAGGAAGUGAAGUUAAGAGGCCGGAGAGAAAAGGCGAAGGAAAGGUGGAAGAAAGUGAGCUGGAGUGGAAGAAAGCACAGGGAUGGAAGGAGGACAAGGAGAGGCAGUAA